AUGGAGACUCCUCGAUCAGAUCAUACCCACACAAAUGCGACAAGCCCGACAGCCUCUACCGGGUCUGACGACCGCAACCAUGCACAAGUACAACAAAAUGAUUACCUUGACCUACCAACCCGCCAGGUCACUGCACAAGUAUAUCCCGAUGACUACCUCGACCUACCAGUCCGCGAAGUCACUGAUGGCGCCGAUCUACGUGAAUACAUUGCCGAGACGAGGGAGGGUGAAAUCAUCAAGCCGGUCAAGUCCAAUGUCACUGGUAAAAUGGAAGAUUGGAAGAUGGUGACUUUCACCAUCGACGACCCUGAGAAUCCCAAGAACUGGUCCAAGGCAUAUAAGUGGUACUGCACCAUGGUUGUCGCCUUCACUUGCUUCGUCGUCGCCUUCUGCAGUAGUGUCAUCACAGCCGACAUUGAGGGACCCAUGGAGGAUUUCCAUGUCGGUCGUGAAGUCAGCUUGCUUGUUGUCACCGUUUUCGUUAUUGGAUUCGGUGUUGGACCCAUGGUUUUUGCUCCGAUGUCAGAGAUCUUCGGACGUCGGCCUGUCUACGCUCUGACCCUUGCAAUCGCUGUCGUCUUUGUGAUCCCAUGUGCCGUCUCCAAGAACAUUGGAACUCUCAUCGUCUGCCGUUUGAUUGACGGAAUCGCUUUCAGUGCUCCCAUGACUUUAGUCGGUGGUACUCUGGCUGAUUUGUGGAAGAGCGAGGAGCGAGGAGUUCCAAUGGCAGCAUUCAGUGCUGCUCCCUUCAUUGGUCCCGCCAUCGGCCCACUUGCUGGUGGCUUCCUGGCUGACAACUGUGGCUGGCGCUGGCUUUACUGGCUUCAGCUUAUUCUGGCCUUUGUCGCCUGGGUUAUGAUCACCUUCACUGUCCCUGAGACAUUCGCACCAAUCUUACUGAAGAAGCGAGCCAAGAAACUUCGCAAGUCCCAGGAUGACCCGAAGUAUACCACCGAGGUCGAGCUCGAUUCUCGUCCCAUGGGCGAGAAGCUGCGAAUUUUCCUCUUCCGCCCCUUCCAGCUUCUGUUCCUCGAGCCCAUCGUCUUGUUCAUCUCUCUCUACAUGUCUGUCAUUUAUGGCUUGCUGUACAUGUUCUUCGUUGCCUACCCGAUCGUUUACCAGGGCGGCAAAGGAUGGAGCGCGUCUAACACCGGUCUCAUGUUCAUUCCCCUGGCCAUCGGUGUUGUUCUGAGCGCAUGCUGUGCUCCUUUCGUCAACAAGCACUACCUCAAGGUCUCUUUGGCAUGUGGCGGCAAGCCCCCAGCCGAGAAGCGUCUGAUUCCCAUGAUGUGGGCUUGCUGGUGCAUUCCUUCCGGUCUCUUUGUCUUCGCCUGGACUUCCUACCCCCGCAUUCACUGGAUGGGACCUGCUAUGGGAGGCUUCCUUAUCGGAUUCGGCAUUAUUCUGCUCUACAACUCUGCCAACAACUACCUUGUUGAUACCUACCAGCACCAAGCAGCAUCUGCUCUCGCAGCCAAGACCUUCAUUCGUUCAUUCUGGGGUGCCUCCACCGUCCUUUUCACAGAGCAAAUGUACGAACGUUUGGGCGACCAGUGGGCCAGUUCACUUCUUGCAUUCAUCGGUCUGGCUUGCUGCGCUAUUCCCUAUGUGUUCUACUUCAAGGGAGAGUCAAUUCGUCGUUUCUCGAGAUUCGCCUUCCAUGACGAUGAGGAGAAGCCUCCUGUCAAGGCAUAA